UAACCAAAAAAGAGAAACAAACAAAUAUAUAAAUAAAUACUUCCUAACAGCAUACUGUAUGUAUUCACAAUUUGGAUGGCUUUUUCAAUGCCAUUUUUGCCCUGCGAUCGAAUCCUUUUUUACCCCACUCAUCGAACUUUUAAUUUGGAACUCGAAGUUUCCGAUUCCGGCUCACGUUUAUGAUUGAAUCCGCUGACUUCACCAAGGCGGCCAACAUGGCAGGAGGAAAAAGGAAAUCCUCUACUCUACCAUCAAGAAUUCAGAAAACACUUUCCUCCAUAUGGCAGGACAAACACAUGGUGCUGUUCAAAGCAGAGUACACCUUCUUGGUCACGGCCGUCCUUUGGUUCUUGGAAAUUGGGAUUAACAUUUGGGUGAUCCAAAGAGUUGCAUAUACAGAGAUCGACUGGAAGGCGUAUAUGGAUGAGGUGGAGGGAGUUAUUAACGGCACAUAUGACUACACACAGCUGAAGGGCGACACGGGGCCGCUGGUGUAUCCAGCUGGUUUUGUGUAUGUAUUCACUGGGCUGUAUUAUCUUACUGAUCAUGGACAGAAUAUUCGUUUGGGUCAGUAUGUGUUCGCUGUGUUCUAUCUCAUCACUCUCCUGCUUGUGUUCCGCAUUUACCAUCGCACCAAAAAGGUUCCUCCAUAUGUGUUCUUCUUCAUCUGCUGUGCUUCGUAUCGAAUUCACUCCAUUUUCGUCUUGCGUCUCUUUAAUGAUCCGGUGGCCAUGAUGCUGUUAUUUGGAGCCAUCAAUCUCUUCCUGGAUGGCCGCUGGACUCUAGGAUGUGCCCUCUACAGUUUAGCUGUGUCUGUGAAGAUGAAUGUUCUGCUCUUCGCUCCUGGUCUCCUUUUCCUUCUCCUGUGUGAGUUCGGUCUGUGGAAAACUUUACCUAAACUCACUCUCUGUGCUGUCAUUCAGCUGGUAUUGGGACUGCCGUUCCUCUUUGUGAACCCUGUUGGGUAUGUUAGCCGGGCCUUUGACCUGGGCAGGCAGUUUCUUUUUAAGUGGACAGUGAACUGGCGUUUUCUUCCCGAGGAUGUGUUCUUGAGUCGUUACUUCCACCUUGCUCUGCUUCUGGCUCACAUUACCAUGUUGCUUCUGUUUGCGCUGAAGAGAUGGAAGAGGUCUGGGAUCAGUAUUUGGUCUAUUCUAACAGAUCCGUCUGAGAGAAAAGAGACUGUACACAAGCUCAAUGCUGAUCAGACAGUUCUGGUUCUUUACACUUCUAAUUUCAUUGGCAUGUGCUUCAGUAGAUCUCUGCAUUAUCAGUUUUAUGUCUGGUACUUUCAUACGCUGCCAUACCUGUUGUGGAGCGGAGGAGUCAAGAAACUUGCCCAUCUGCUCAGGGUGUUGGUUCUGGGUCUGAUUGAACUGUCCUGGAACACGUAUCCGUCCACCAACUACAGCUCUCUAUCACUGCACGUCUGCCAUCUCAUCAUCUUGCUCUGUUUGUGGCUUAACCCGACUCCAGCUCUUCCGUCUCAGAAGUCAGAGAACAAAGCUAAGCGCCACUGAUCCCUGACCUGCCCAGGGCACUCGCUGUGUGGGAUGAUCCCUGGCCUCCAGCCCCUGUCUGCAAGCUCCUGUACCAGAGGCACACAUAGGGGUGGCCAGGGACCUGUGCCCUGAGUGAUGCUGAAACGGUAUCAAGGUUUUGUUAAUGGAGGAAAUUACUCUUCAUUUCUAUGCAGCUUAUCAGCACAGUUGACCUGUGAGACCUCAAGGAUCUCUUCUUGUUGGCCAUUGGACUCAUUCAGUACAGUUUAUUUGAACAAGAAAAGUUAUAUAUAACAGAAUAUCUCUGCAUUUCAACAUUUGUGUUAAUAUUCAGGGAUUUGUUUUCAUUUAAAUGGGUAGUUCACUCAAAAAUUUAAAUUGUGUCAUCAUUGUGUCAUCGCUCACCCUCAAGUCGUUCCAAACCUGUAUGACUGACUGACUUCUGUGGUACAUGAAGGUAUUUUAAAGGACUUGUAUGUACCAUUGUAUGGGGAUGGGGGAGGAGUAUCUAUUUUAAGAAAAACACAUACAGGUUUGGAACAACAUGAUGGUGAGUAAAUGAUUACUGAAUUUUCAGUUUUGGGUGAACUAUCCCUUUAAUAGUUGAUUUUUUUCACAUUCAUUCAUUCACAAUUGUCUAUAAGCUCAACAGGAUAAUAUAGUUACAUUUAUAGGGCACAAAGGAACCGCAUAGAUCUGCUUUUCCAUUUUGUUUUAUUUUAAGGCAACCAUGAACCUCUAGUAGUUCCUGUGUUUGUUUUCUAUCUUUGGCUUUGUCCUUUUCUAGCAUGAAGAGCGAGAGAUUCAAUGCUGAAAUGCUUCAUAUUAAGAGUGUGAUUUUUAUUUUUCUGUGAUGAAGAGUGAAUGAUUGUUCUUAUUAAUCUUAUUCUCACGAUCUGCUUGCAGUUUUUUUUUUUUUUUGCAUGACAUGGAUUUGCUUAAUCCCAAAGUGUAGUCGAUAAUCAUAAUACAACUGUUGUCCAUGAUUUUAUUCCAUUUCCAAGGCUUUUGACAGGCUCACAGCUAAGAAAGUCUGGGCAAAACCAGGUUGAAGGUACAGUGAACGAUUAAAGCCCUUACUGUUUGAAACAACAGUAUCUCAAAACCUGAGGAAGCAUCAUUUGGAAUCAUUCAGAGCAUUUUAUUGUAUAGAUUUGUGAUUGAAAAUAAAAAGUCAUAAUUUCAUAACAUUCAUAGUUACCAUAGUUAUGAUUCUUCUUAUGAUUGAACAUGAAAAAUAUAGCCCCCAAUUUGCAGAUUGUUUUUGUGGUGUUACUUGAAAACUCUUGCUUUUAAGCAAACUCUA